CUAUGGAAUUUUUGUAUCAUUGUUCGUUAGCACUUUAGACUUUAUCACUAAUCACUAUCAGUAAUUGUUUAGGAAUGGAGGUGAGAGAAUCAGUUCUAAUUAAUUAAGUCCCCUACGGAAAAUGUCAGGGAGUAGUGACUCGGACGAAUAUUACGAUGCAGAGGACAAUACACCCAACAAAUCUACGAGAAAACCCAAAUUGAUCAGUCUGACACCUUCGAAGAGCGAGUCCGAUUUCCAAAGCAGUCUGAAACAGGAUGACAAAAGUCUGGAUUUCAGUGCACCACCCAGAGUUCCAAGCUCACUCGCCCUGCAGACGACGGCUUUUGAAUUUUCGGGGAUUGAAAAGUGCCAGUCUAACAGGCAUCGGCUCAGGGAGUUACGACAACGGAUGCAAACUGAAGACGAUGAGGUCUUCAGUGCUGUUGGAACAUCCCCUACAUCGAGUCAGACCUCUUCGUUUGAUGGCAUCUUUCCGGGCCCUGAUACAAAAUCGAGCCACCCUUUCCGCAUCAUUGAACACGAUGCUCUCAGCCUACACAGUCUCACCUCCUUAGGUAGGAUUGGAAGGAUUAUGAGCUGCGCACAAGAAUCAGGAAGCACUCAAGCGGCUGUGAGAGAGCCAUCAACAGAAGAUUCUUUCAGUGGUUCAACUUCUACUCUCAAGAGCCCUUCAGAUCAAAGAAGGGAUUCCGAUACUAAGGAUCAAUCAGACGAAACAUUUGAAAAACCAGUCUGCAGCAACCUUCAAGAGCCUGAUGUCAUUGCAAGCACUAAAGCGAGCACUUCAUCCCAAUCACAGUAUGGAAUUGACUCAAAUCUCCUUUCCACAAAUUCUUCUGCUCCUGUUGCCCCUCCUAGACGCCGCAAAAAGGCAAAGACUGGGAUAGCUGCAGCUAGUACAUUACCUAUGAAAAAAGAAGCUUCUCAAUUGGUGAAAGUCAAUAGUGUUGAGAAGCCUGAUUAUAGGGGAGCUACUCUUCCUAGUCCUAACAGUACAAUUGAGUCCAUCACAAGAGAAUUUGAGAAUUCUUUAGAUAUUACUGCUGCUACAAAAGGGCAGUAUGUUGUAAAACCACAGGAUAAUGGAGAAAACAAAUCAAAAGGCAUGAGAUCGACUGCAGGUCGCAAUAGUUCUACCUAUCCGAUGGGAGGAACCAUUGGCUCAGGCGGCUGCCGAGAGAGAAGGAAGUCAGCCGGCGAUGAACAGAUGAUCCCCAAUCAAUUGAACAUGUUUGUAAGGACUAGAACUGAUUCAGGGAAACCACUGUCUGAUCUCGAAAUCUUGGAGCAGGUCACUGUAUUGAAUCUUGACACUGGUGAACGAGUGCCAUUGAGUAUAGCUGAGGACAAACUUCCACAGUGUAUCAACCCGCUGUCACUUCACAUCAUGCGGCUUACUUCUGAGUACGUCAGUAAUACAUCUCUUGAAAAGGGGCACCGUGAAAGUGAUGAUGAUAGCCUUGAUUCCAAACGUUCUGGAGUAACUGGUACGGACGGUGAAGCAGAAGCAGGCAUGGUGAAGAGAAAGACCGCUCAGAUAAAAAAAUUCCUUGGCUCGACAGUUAAAAAGACUAUGAAUAAAGCACGGACAAUCAGAAGGCAUAAUAAAGAAGAACCAGUUGAGUAUGUUGAUGAUACAACUGGAGCAACAUCUGUUACAUCAGGUGAACAGUAUAUUAAGCUAAAGGCAUCGAAUAGCCACAAAGGACCUUAUGAAUUUGACUGUGUGCAACAUGUACAGGACUUAAGUGGUGAACAUAUAGGACCAGUUUGGUGUAUGAAAUUUUCCUCCUGUGGCCGACUGUUGGCUACAGCUGGUCAAGAUCGAGUUUUACGAGUUUGGGUCGUUCGAAAUGCUUACCCUUAUUUUCAAGAUAUGCGUACAAAAUAUAUGGCAGAAAAAGUGUCACCAACACCUUCUCAAGAAUCUAUUGUAUCUCAAAUAUCAGUUGAGGAUCCAAAUUCAGUACUGAUGGAGCUCUGCGAUCAGGCACCUUUCAUGCCCAAACCCUUCUGUACUUACUCAGCACAUACUUCUGACUUACUAGAUGUUUCUUGGUCAAAAAACUAUUUUAUACUUUCCUCUUCGAUGGAUAAGACGGUUCGUUUGUGGCAUAUUUCUAGAAAAGAGUGCCUUUGUUGUUUCCAACACAUUGAUUUUGUGACUGCAAUAGUUUUUUAUCCAAGAGACGAUAGAUAUUUUUUGAGUGGUUCACUAGAUGGCAAAUUAAGGCUAUGGAAUAUACCAGAUAAAAAAGUAGCUGUUUGGAAUGAAAUUGGAGGCCCUGCAAAAUUAAUAACAGCUGCAAACUUUUGCCAGAAUGGAAAAUUUGCUGUUGUUGGUUCGUAUGAUGGCAGGUGCAUCUUUUUCACAAUGGAUCAAUUGAAAUACCAUACACAGAUUAAUGUAAGGUCUUCUAGAGGGAAAAAUUCAACAGGAAGAAAAAUUAGUGGCAUUGAGCCAAUGCCAGGCGAAGACAAGAUAUUAGUAACUUCAAAUGACAGCAGGAUAAGGCUAUAUGAUUUGCGGGACCUGAACUUGUCAUGUAAGUAUAAAGGUUAUGCCAAUUUCAGCUCGCAAAUCAAAGCUUCGUUCAGCCAUGAUGGCAAAUACAUCACUUCUGGUUCCGAGAAUCAAUGUAUAUACAUAUGGAAGAGCAAUCAUGAUUACUCCAAGUUUCCUUCAGUCAGGAGAGACCGGAAUGAUUUUUGGGAAGGGAUAAAAGUCCAUAACGCAGUUGUAACUUGUGCUGUAUUUUCGCCAAAUCCUGAUAUCAUAAUGAGACAAAUUGAAGAACUCGAGGGUAACACUUCGGGUGUUCACACAACUUCUGGCUAUGUCUUAGUCAGUGCAGAUUUCAAUGGGUGUAUAAAAGUAUUUUUGAAUAAAACUAAACCUAAACACAGCUCUUUACCAGCAUCAGCGAUGGCCUGAGCCCCUAGAAAUCAUCGAUCAUUAAAUACUGAGAAUAAUAACAUUAAAAGUAAGCUCCAAACAUUCUGGCAUUUGUCCUCUAAUUUACACCUAUGUAUUAUAUAAUUUAUUAAAUAACCCAAUCUCAUUUUAAAUGCAUUUAGAAUAUUUCAUCAAAAAGGUGGUAAGAAAGCAUAUGCUAUUUUUGUACAAACAUUGUAUAAAUUAAUUUAAUGAUAAUUCUUAUAACAUAGUUUAUAAUGAAUUUGAAAAUAUAUAUAACGUUGUACAUUGUAUGAGUAUUAUAUUUUGUUAAAUAUUUACAUAUUUUAAAAUGGUAUAUAUUAUUAAAGUUUGUUUCACAUAAUUUGUCUUUUGUGUUACCAUUUUUUUCCAAUGUAAUAAAUUUCACUAGUGCAGCUAAAAUAAAUAUCCAAUGGAGAAUUUUUCAUUUCUGGCUUUCAUUUAUCAUAAACAUAAAUUCAAAGGAUGUUUGGUAAUUUGAUCAUUCUGAUCUUACUUAUUUUUGUGUGAUCUGUUUGCCAAUAAAAUGUAUUUUAUUUAUCAUCAUAAAGUGUUAAAAUGAAUCUUAAUAUAUAGAAGCAAGAAAUAGAAAAAUAUUAAAAAUUUCCAAUGAUCAUUGAGAUCUCAUUAAAUUAUUGGAUAACAUGUUGAACUGUAAUUAAUUACCAAUGUGAGUAAAUUGUUUCAAUUUAGUUAAAUAUUCAUUAUGGCUAACCUUACAGACCUCACUCUUUAUCUCACAAUUCGGACUUACAACAGUGGUACAGUACUGCUCAAGAAAUAAUAUUAUCAUUUUGUAACUAAGAAAAACUACUCAGAAAAUUCCUUGUUUUAAAAAACCAUUACUAUAGUUUUCAUUCCAUCAAAGAACUCCCAUGUGUUUACCACAGUAGGUUCAAGUUUGUGGUAUUGCAGCUAUUAAAAGAUGCAGAUUUAGGCAAUAAAUCAGACAGAACUUCUUACAGUUUUUCUAGGCACAUGAUAUGCUCUGGAGUAGUCUCACUAGUGAUCUCUGCCAUGAGCUUAUGUCAGUUGACACUCUUUAUAUUGGGGCAAAAUCAAGUCUAAAAUGUAAACCAACCUAACCUUUGAAAGUUUGA